AUGGCGGCCGCCGGGAGGUCGGAGCAGCCUCGUGGUGGAGGCUGCGCGGCGCCAUCUUGUGGCUUUACACCCAGAAAGAAUGUGGGGGGUUCUAAGGGUAAGGGGCCGGCAAAAAGAACGCCAACAAAACGCCCGCCCCCACCUUCUAAUGGAUCAUCGGAGGACGAUGAAGCGACCACCGAGACUUUGAAUGCACUCCUUGCCCGGGUCAACGCACUAGAAAAAGGAAAAGGAGCGGCUGCUCCAUCCCCUUCCCAAAGGCCAGUGCGCUUAGCCAGCAGGGCCCUUAUGUUAAAAUCUCUUUCCUCUCGUAUCACAGCUUUAGAGGCAGCCAGAAACGCAGAGGGGGGCGCGGAGCAAACCCAAGCGGCUGAUCAAGCAGCCAGCCAGCCGACAACACCAGCGGUAGCUCCAGCGGCGGCAGGCCCUCAGCCGAUACCCUGUCAACCACAGAGCAUCAGCCCCAGUCAAGAUGCUGGGCGGCUGACACAUAGGAAGCGAGUGCUGAUCUGCGGCCACAGUUACGUGUAUUGGGCGGAARGUCAGGCUCGUAAAGGACACUAUGGUCAGCACCUUGGUCUGGGUUCAAUGGCAUUUGUUGAUUGGAGAGGURGCAGAGGCCUCCGUUGGGAUGGGRUAWURCCUUUGUUAUUUGAUUCUUCUGUGAUGGGAUGCCCAGAUAUCCUAGUUAUCCACCUUGGUGGAAAUGAUUUGGGACUGCUGAAAGGCAGGGCCCUGUUUCUUCAAGCAGUUGCUGACAUGAAAGAAAUCUUGGAUCGGUGGCCCCAGACACACUUGGUGUGGUCUGAAGUGAUCCCACGUCUCAAUUGGCCCGGUGGGGGCGAGGCAAGAAAAAUCGAUGGGGCCAGAAAAAGGGUCAAUCGAGCAAUGCGGAAAGUUCUGGGGGACGGUCUGGGGACCUAUAUUCAGCAUCCAGAUAUCGUCCACACCAGGACAGAACUGUAUAGGCAUGAUGGGGUCCAUCUGUCCGACCAGGGGAAUGCACUAUUUUUGGCUAAUCUGCAGCUAGGUAUUAGGCAAGUUUUAGGAGAUUUGGUGGGUGAUAGGGGCUAAGGGGACCCUUGCCCCUAAUCUGUGGCGGAAUUAGAGGAUAAUCACAUCUGUUGGCGUACACCCAAUGCAUACUMYUAUAGGUCAAAGUGGAAACCCUCARCGGUGGGCUUGGGACACAGGUGAGGGCGUACACAAAUGGCCUGAAACCGGAGACCCUGACCUGAUUCCUUGGGCAGGGUAGUCCAUUGCGUUUCUUUGCAAAGGUCGUCCUGGUUACUUGACACAGAGACCUGGUGUUUUCGUCCAUUAUCAGCCGAGGGGCAGGUCGGGCAG